AUGGUCGUUCUUGGUAUCGUUACUUUUAGACGACAGACGAACAGAAGCCGUCCUGCGAAGUUUUUCUAUGCCCUAUGGAGACAUCAUUCGACCCUACGGUCUCAGCAAGCUGAGAAACCGGACGACCAUCAGCUUGAUAAAUUGCGAAAUCAAGUCCGCGAUUUUGUUUGUCGAGAAAUCACCGACAACAAUACCGCCACAAUCGAAAAGACUUAUACAUUUCGAAGACAGCUGUGGAACAAGCUAGGUCGAUCAGGUCUCUUGGGAGUUGCUGCAGACAAGGAGCUUGGCGGACUAGGCAUGGGCUAUCAAGGCCACUGCAUUGCCAUGGAAGAGAUCUCACGAGCAUCGGCAUCUAUUGGGCUGUGCUUCGCGGCGCAUUCCCAGUUCUGCGUGAACCAUAUUCAACUCAAUGGAUCUCAAAAGCAAAAGGAGAAGUAUUUACCUCGUCUAAUUUCAGGCACCAGCAUCGGCGCGCUGGCUGUAUCCGAGCCGCAGGCCGCUGAUGAUCUCGUCAAUAUGCGGACAAGAGCCCGUGCAGUGGAUGGUGGAUAUUUACUGGACGGCUCCAAAGCCUGGGUGACAAAUGGCCGAGAUGCUGAUACGAUUGUAGUAUACGCAAAAACCGGCCCAUGUGGAAUAUCCGGUGGCAUUACGGCAUUUCUUGUGGAGACUGACUCGAGAGGAUUCAGCUGCCUGAGAAGGGAACAUAGUACGGGAAGUAGUACAAGCGCCUUGUUUUCUUCGGUUUUCGUGCCGUGCGAGAACGUCCUCGGCAGGGUAAACCGAGGACUGGAAAUCCUAGUCAAAGGAAUAACCCUAGGGCGCCUCGUGCUGAGUUCAGGACCUCUGGGCAUCAUGCAGGCUGUCCUGGAUAUGGCUUUACCUUUGAUGCACACACGCAACCCCUUUAACAUGCCAACGGCGCGAAGCGAGUUUGUCGAAGGUCUAGUAGCCGGCAUAUACACAAAACUACAGACUUCGAGAGCCUACACUCACUCGACUGCCAAGGAAGUGGACACGAACGGCCCUAGCUGUCCGCAGGAUUGCACGGGCGCCUUUUCACAUUCCACGGCAAGUCUGGCAAAAUGCACUCUGGAUGCAGUUGAACUUGUGGGAGAAAUUGGCUGCUCGGGAAACAUUCAUAGUUCCCGGCUGCUUCGUGAGUGA